GUCUCCGUCGGUACUAUGAGUACUUCCGCUCACACGCUCCGGCUUCGGCUUUACCGGUACUUGAAGUGACUUAAUGCACGCUGUCGUGACUUGCAGUACAAAAGCUUCUGAUAUUGAUAUCAGAGGCGCUGAAUAUCGCUACUCAUUAUAGAGUGGAUUGAACUACGUAGGUGCAUGGCUCUUGUAGAAUUGAUGGGUUCGUGCGGGGUGUACCGACGCUUGACGGGGGUUCAUCAGCGACCGGGAACUUCCGCCUACACGCAUGGAGUUUUAGGUAUUUAAUGGUAAAAGAGCCCUUCCCAACCUACCUCCAACGUGCGUCACUAAAAAGAAUUGUCUCUCGCGUUUUGUGAACGCCCAGGAUGGCUUCUAAACCGGGAACCAUUUAUCUUGCAGUCUGCCAGAAGCACACCCUCCCCACCACUCAAGAAACCGUGAAUGCUUUAGCCCAGCAAUGCCAUGAAGCCUCCAAACAAGACCCCUCUCCAGAUCUAAUCCUCUUCCCUGAGGCUUACCUCGGCGGGUAUCCCAGAGGCGCGAACUUCGGUGCUGCCGUCGGAGGACGCGCGCCCGAGGGCAGGGAGCAGUUUCUGAACUACUUUAAAGAUGCCGUGGAUCUAGGGGAUACGCCCGAGGGUGGGGGCGACCAGUGGGUGAAUCGUGAACUGCCAGGUCAAUCAGACCGCUUGAGGGGCGAUGGUACACGGGAGCAGCUCGAAAAAGUCGCGGAGGAAACAGGCAUCUUCAUCGUUACGGGGUUGGUCGAGAAGGCUGGAGGGACUCUAUACUGCGCCGUCGUUUACGUCUGUCCUAAGCUCGGAGUCAUUGGGAAAAGAAGAAAGGUAAUGCCAACAGGGAGUGAGCGCUUGAUCUGGGGCCAGGGACAGCCAUCUACACUCCGUGCCGUGACAACCAAGAUUAAAGGGGUCAAUCUUACGCUCGCAGCGGCGAUCUGCUGGGAGAACUACAUGCCGCUCUUGAGGCAUUCACUCUACAGUCAGAACGUCAACCUCUAUCUAGCGCCUACAGCUGAUGCGCGGGAUACUUGGGCACCGCUCAUGCAAACAAUAGGCUGCGAGGGGCGAUGUUUUGUCUUGAGCGCGAAUCAAUGCGUCAAGAAAAAGGAUCAACCGGCAUGGGUCUACGGGGAGAAGUCCGACAGCGAAGAGUUUGUGUGUAGAGGUGGUUCUUGUAUCGUGUCUCCGCAAGGCCAGAUUCUUCAGGGGCCCUUGUGGGAGAAUGAAGAUGGCAUGCUGACUGUGGGGGUCGACUUUGAUGAUUGCUUGCGAGGCAGAUUAGAUCUCGAUGUCGCUGGGAGCUACUCAAGGAAUGAUGCGUUUAAGUUGACUGUUGCAGGUCUUGAUAUCUCUCCCCCAUUUAUGUAGUGGUAUGAUGCGUUAUUAGUUAUUAGACACUAGUUGUCAUAGUUACCUCCUCGUGUUAAUUUAUAGUGAGGGGGCGUCGGUGAAUGAUACAAUAUUGAAUUCUUCAACAUUGUUAGUCGAUAUUAUACUGACGCUCAAGCUACCACGUAGUACUGUAUUGAGCCUUAUUUUCUGAUCGCACGUAGAA